CAUCUGGUCACACUGUUUUAAAAAUCUUAAUUUUUUUGAUAAAAUCGAAAGUAUUGUCCAUUCUUGGCUAAUUUCGCGGUCAUAUUCAUCUCCAUCAUGCUUUACUUGGAGGACUACCUGGAGAUGAUCGAGCACCUGCCACAGGAGCUUCGCGACCGCUUCACAGAGAUGCGUGAGCUAGAUCUCGCAGUUCAAAAUAACAUGGACUCCCUGGAUAAGAAAGCUCACCUGUUCUUCAAACAGUGCAAGCGCGACGAACUGCAGCACGAGUCAAUGGACACAGAGUUUCACAGCUUGCGCGGCGAGUACUUUAAGGUGAUGGAGGACGCCGACGAGAAGGUGGCCAUUGCCACUCAAAUCCACGAGCUGGUGGAGCGCUACCUGCGCCGUUUGGACAGUGAGCUCUUCAAGUUCAAGUGUGAACUAGAGGCUGACAACAACGGCAUUACCGAAAUCCUCGAACGCCGUUCAUUAGAGCUGGAUGGCAACUCAACGGCAGCCACCGCCCUUCUGCUAAGCAUGAACCAGAAAGAAAACCGAUACUACGGCGCCAGUUCGGCCAACAGUAUGGUAAACAGUUCGGCAAGCCACGCUUCUGGAGCUGCCACAGGCCCUUCGUCUGCCAUUGCCCUGGUAAGCGGAGCCGCUGGUUCUGGCAGUGCUCUCUCCAAUAUAUCAACGGCUCAGCUAAGCUCCAACCAGCGUCAUCGGAAGCUGGAAAAGCGACGUGAAACCAUAUGCACCGUUCCCGUCCAGGAGAAGCGCGCCAACCUUAAUCACUCGCUUCCCGUGGUCGGCGCCGGCUCCACCACAGCUUCAGCGGCUUCCUCCUCAUCGUCCACAGCUGCCGCUGCAGCCGCCGGUCUGGCCAGCGUCACAUCUGGCCAAUCCCAGACUUCCAAUCAUAUAAGCAGUAUCGCAGCAACACAUCUCACAUUGCCCGUGGCCGUAGGCGUUACAGGAGGCAAUAGCAACCUGGCCAGCAGCUCUCUAACUACUGGAACGAGCUCACAGGUGCGCCAACUUCCCACGAAUCUGGCACAUAGCGUUUUGAGCAAUUCAGGAGGAACUGUAGCUGCAACGGCGGCGGCUGGAGCAUCCACGCCUGUGGUCACAGCCGGUACGGCCCACGGGCAUGCCCACAGUGGCCAUUCGACCAGCGGAGCCACAGUCACCUACAACCUGCAGCAGCUUGGUGGAGGGGCAGCUGCAUCGAGUGCCAUUGCAGCGGCAGCAAGUCAGGCAAUCAUGGCCACGCAGCAAAUGCAGCAGGGCCGACGAACGGCCAGUCUCAAGGCUAGUUACGAGGCCAUCCAUGGAACGGCCGGAACUACGGCAGAGUUCUGGACACAGGCCGGUCAAAGUGGCCUGCAGCAGUCGACGGCCGGAACGGUGACUGUGGCUGCCGGUACAGCACUGGCCACUGGAGGGGCCACUGGAAGUAGCAGUGGCUCACACCACUCACAUCAUUCCCAGUCGCAUCACAGCAACCAUGGUCAUGGACAUGGCCAUGGGCACGGACAUCACCACAGCAGUAGCAGUCACAGUGGCGGUCACAGUAGCCACCAUCAGGAGAAGAAGCAGAAGAAGAAGCUUACGACUACGCUGGCAUUGCCUACAGUGCAGGCGACUGCUGGCUCUUCGUCCGGCAACUCGAUUGGCUCAGCAUCCUCUUCGUUGAGUGUAGAAUCGGUGGGCAAGCUAUCCACAACGGCGGCCAUGGCAGCAGCAGCAUCCGCAGGAUCUACGACCUAUAUGUCUGUUGGCGGACAGUCUUUGCUUGCCAUGACUACCGGUGGAGGCGGCAACUUAACGGAGAAUGCCUCUGAAAGCGUCCCAGCCGGAAUGAUUGCCAUGAACCUGCCAACUGCCACUGUGACGCCCGGUCUGACCAUCGGCGAGAACGGACUCGUCGUUGAGCAGACCAACGAGGGCGAAUGGUCAUAUGAUCCAAACGAGCCGCGUUACUGCACCUGCAAUCAGGUGUCCUACGGCGACAUGGUGGCCUGCGACAACGACGCCUGUCCUUACGAAUGGUUCCACUAUCCUUGCGUUGGAAUCACCCAACCGCCGAAGGGCAAGUGGUAUUGUCCUAAGUGCACCGCAUCCAUGCGGCGUCGGGGCAAUCGGAAGAACUGAGGCUGACUGCGCCUGCUGGCGCCCCUCUUCCGUGGCGGGGGCGGCGGCGUAGGCACUUGGUCGCGCCGCUAAAGGUGGAUAUAGACAGCAAGAAAUUUAAGCAAAAUUAUGAAUAAAGUUAAAGUUCAUUUUUAGCUAUGGUUUUUUAUACAUGGAAUUAUUAUAUUUUUAAUAUUAUAGCUACUUCUAACGAAUUUCCUAAAUUUUUAAUUGAUAAUAAAUGCCAUAAAUU